AUGUCGAAGGCGCAGAGCUGCAGAUCGGCUCUUCUGUACGAGAAUUCCGCCAGGACACUGAUGUUGAUCGACAUUCCGACUUCGAUUGCUCUUGCACAGCGGCUUCAACAGCUCCUCGGAAAGGGGGAGAAUCCAGCCAACGACGAUGGGCUCGUUCUCCUCUCUUGCCCUCCUCUCCAGGAUCCGUAUCCAAACCCUCCAGAACCAAAGACAGAAGAGGCUCGUAGUCGCGUCCUGGCCCAAAUACCGGCGUCUCAGCAGCAGUUUCAUGCAGCAAUUGUGCCGAUUAUCAAUAACGCUCUACAAGAAAUUAGGGAUAACCACCACGGGGCGUGGUGCAGCCCAAGGUGCACGCGCUGGCCGACACAGCCAACGGAGCAAGAACCGGAAAAGCUGCGCGAGGACGCCCGAUGCACAGGCAUUCCUAGCGGAGAACCAUCCGAAAACCGUAAGAGAAAAUUGCCCGAGACAACAACUCAGGAAACAGGGCCCGACGAGCCAAGUUUUAUUAUCGAACACACAGAGCUACGUCCUCACCGUUCGUCUGAACCUCCUCUAAUACUUGCCCCCGGAAUCAAUACAGUCGAGUCCCUGGGCGCCAUCCAGGGCCGAAUAGUCCAAAACCCUUCAUCCGCCCAGGUCAUCCUGCAUAUCAAAUCAGAAAAACAACAGUGCACGCCAGAUGGCGAAUCCUCUCUCCCAGACUACAUAUCUAUCAACGUUCCUCCCAAGUCUACAUUCGUCAACUGCCAUCUCGCCCCAAAUGCGGAAUCUCGCCUGAGCCCCAUUCUUCCAUUGUCCUCAGAUACGAAAUUCGACUUCAUUCUCAUGGACCCCCCCUGGCCAAACCGUUCAGUCCGCCGCUCCUCACAUUAUAAAGAACAUGCUGAUCCCCUUCAACCUAUAAUUGAAAGUAUCCUGCAAAACCAUCUCCAUCCACACCAGGCCAUUGUUGCCAUCUGGAUCACCAAUUCAUUAAAAUCCCGAUCUGUCGCAUUAAACUCCCUUAAAACUUCAGGGCUUCAUCCAUUCGAGGAAUGGAUUUGGGUCAAGACAACGGUUGAUGGCCGCCCUGCAGCCCCCCCUGAUGGACUCUGGAGGAGACCAUACGAGGUUCUGAUUUUAGCACAUAAAGAGAAACACUUUGACCACGAGGGCAAUGCCGACAAGAGUGCCAAGGUUUAUGAAGCCAAACGGCGAGUCAUCGUUGCCGUGCCCGACGUCCAUUCGCGGAAGCCAAAUUUAAAAGGGCUCAUCGAAGAUAUAUGCUUUUCAUCCCCGACCACAGACUCUGGUCAAGCUAAAGGCCCUGGCCAAGGAAGACGUAUUCGUGAAUACUCCGCAUUGGAAGUGUUUGCUCGAAACCUAACUGCUGGAUGGUGGGGGUGCGGGGACGAGGUCAUAAGAUUCAACUGGAAAGGUUGGUGGAACGAGAACGGCAGCAAGGAAGUUGGCUGCAGCGCAUAA